CAAAGACCCGUCCGUAUGCUCUGUAGCAGUGCUUGUCCUGUUUAGCCUUACAUGCAAUUGGGUACGACCCAGACAACGAGAGCAUGGCAGCAGAAUCGACAGCUGAUGGGCAUGCUCGUCCUCCUCCUCACAAUCUCAUUAGCCGCCUAUGCUCCUUACCUCGAGCAUCAGCGUUCAAACGGCAGGUAUCGGACAUUGCAGUAUAGCAGUGCUCGACCAGGACGACACACAUUCUACCCGACUGCAACGAGCAUCAACGAUAGUACGCCCUUGAGCACCUUUCUACGUCAGCGGAUAGGCAGACUGCCUCCAGAUGACUUUCUCUGGGUGACUUUGCUCGAUGCCAACUACCUUCGUCAGGGUGGAACGGAUCUGACGCUGUUCCUUCAGCGAUUGAGCGAUGGCACGCUGCCUCGUGCGCCCGGUCGCGUGCAGCCUUCGACGGAGAUCAGCUCUAUAGAUGUCUGGAGCCAACAGAUCAACGACGGCGACAUCGACUUUGACAGCGAGAUCUAUGGCAAGAGGCGCAGUCAUCAAGAUCUUCUCGUUAUCUGCCUCGAUCAGGCUUGCAUUGAUCUUUGCAACGAACGGGAACUCUUUGGCUACGGUGGAUUCUACCAGCCUGCGCGACAGUGGCCUGACAAGCCACCUCUGAUGGUGACCAAGCUACUUGCCCUCAAGGAAAUCGCAGAAGCGGGCUACCGAAGUUUCUUUGUCGAAGGCGAUGUCUGGCUGCGGUAUGAUCCUUAUCCGUUUUUGCCGAAAUACAGCGAGACGGGUUUCGGCGUCUCGUUCACCUACGAAGGAUCUAGUGAUGUCAAUGUGGGCGUCAUCAUCAGCGAUGGAAGCAGCAAAGCCGUCGAGCUCUUUCGUCGAGCAUUCGACGAGCUCAUCAACCGAGUCGGGCAAUGGGAUCAAGGCGCGAUGAACCGUGUGCUCGAGAUCACUUACGCCAACUAUACCAUCGGCGCGCACGAGCGCAAGUUCGGUACACCCUGGGGCCUCGGCGUGCACUAUCUCGACCGGAUCAGAUUUGUGCAGUUUCACCUCAGCUACGGAAUUCCUGCCGAGACUGCGUUGAUCCACACGACGUGCGUCGAUGAUUACCCCAUGAGACGCACACUGGCUGCUGCCCAUGGUUUUACGCAAGAUGUAGACGGAUACUACAGCAGGCCACGGAGGAUACUUUCCCUUGAUGCGCUUGCCGGCGAUGAAUCGAGCAUCCAGGCCACUCUCGCUGUUGCUGUCGCACUGGCAGCCCAAACUGGCAGAGACUUGCUUCUGCCGCCCACAGCAAUGUACGUCAAUGCGAGUCUACACCCUCAUGCGCGCAAUCGCGAUAUUUGGGCCGUACUGCCUUUUCACGAGACCGAAGACGAAUUCAACAUUACCGUUCUCGAACCUCGUUACCUCGCCCAUCGUCCAGCGCAUCUCCAACGACCCACAAGAGCGUACGAGCCGCUCACAUUGACGAUGCAAUUCUAUCGACAGUACUCGCAGAUCUUAGCCGCUCUGGACAGCCCGGUCUACGAGUCCACCGAGGUCGUCUCGCUCAAUCCGGGAGGAAUGCCAGUGUCACCCUUUGAGCUGUUGAGUGACGUUCCCCAAACGUACAAACGACUCAAGAUCUGCUACGGAUUAUGGUUGGUGCCAGGCUGUGAGGUGGCUUGCCUCCGAGAAUCUGUCGAGGCUCGGGAGGAACGUAGAGUUGCCAGAGAACGAGGCGAAGCGUGGGCGUUCAGCAAGCCAGUGUUGUACCCUAGAAUGGCUCCAGCUUGAUUGCCUCUCUUGAUCGCGUUCGACCAUGAGUAUUCGAGGACGUCUGCGGUUCAUGCAGCGUCGUACCAGUGUUGCUUAGCUGCGAAGGUCCGUCAUCGUACUUUGAGUUUGACGAUGCC